AUGAUUGAGAAUAAUGUAGGAGUCAAUAGGAAUACCCCUGGGUAUAUUUGGAGAAUGGACACAAGAGUGCAGAACAUAAAAGUAACGACGAGGGAGAGAGCUGCUAGAUAUGUGAAGGAUGUGUUGGCAAUGGAGGAAGACAGGCGGCUAAAAAUAGCACUACGGGAAGAAAUGAGAGGAAUAUUAAACAGAAAUCCGACAAAAAGGGAUAAAAAUUUGCAUUCAGCGAUAAAAGAGAUGGGAUGUGAGGAAAUAUCAGGAAUGAUAUACAAUAAGGAAGAAAAUGAAUAA